GGAGCGAAAUGUGGGCGCGGGCCGUGCACCUGGGUCUUCGGGCUGCGGCGCGCGGGCGCCGGGGCUUCACCUCCAAGGCGGAUCCUCAGGGAAGUGGCCGGGUCACGGGCGAGCUGAUCCAACACCUGGAGCGGCUAUCGCUGGUGGACUUCGGCAGCCAGGAGGCCGUGGCCCGGCUGGAGAAAGCCAUCGCCUUCGCCGAUCGGCUCCGCGCGGUGAACACCGACGGAGUGGAGCCCAUGGAAUCAGUCCUGGAGGACAGAUGUCUGUACUUGAGAUCUGACAACGUGGUAGAAGGCAACUGUGCGGAAGAACUACUACAAAACUCCCACCGAGUUGUGGAAGAGUAUUUUGUGGCUCCGCCAGGUAAUAUCUCUUGGUCAAAGCUGGAUGAAAAACAGCCCUUCUCACACCACUGAGUAGCUAUUCUGGGAAGGGGCGUUCUAUGAACACAUGGAAGUGCAGAAACUAUUUUGCACCAAGUAUUUUGUUAUUAUGAACACUAAUGUACCACUUCCUUCAGUCAUCUGAAAAAAGUGAUGGCUAGGUAUCUUUUACUAAUUCUUCUGAAGAUAGAACUGGGAAAGAUCUAGCCAAAAUAAGGCAGAGUCCCUGACACCAACAGGAAGUGGAAGGUAUGGCUGAUUUCCAAGGAAAUGGAUCAAGUGUAUUCAUAGAUACUCAUAGACCAUUCAGUGUGGAAGACUUUAUCCCUCCCUAAAAGACUGUCUACCACACUGCACUUGAGUGAAUCUUUCUAUUUAUGUAAUUGUUAUAGACCUUGCAUCCGAUCACUUCGUGACCACCCUUUUAGUUGCUAUUUCUGUCAACCUGAGCAGCCUUUUAUCUUCACUAAACAUACUUAAAUUUGUUCUUGGGUACCCACUGUGUUUCAAGCAGAGUGCUGACUUUCUGCUAUGGUUGAAGGUGCCCCGGGUAGGCAGUUUGGGGAGGUGAUGGGUUGUUUAUGACCUUCACGGUUGUCAUUUCAUGUGUGCGUAAUUUCACCCCAAACUCAUUGAGUUGUAUAGUUCAAUGUAAAGAGUACAGCUUUUACGGGUUGACUAUAUUUCAAUAAAGUGGUUUAAAAAAAUAGCCUGUGACAAUG